GACCCCAGCACCAUCACCAGUCACCACCACCACCUUCUCCUCCUCCGUCUUCUCCUCCUUUUUCUCUCUCUCUCUCAACCCCUGCAAAUACCUCGUAAGCCCGCCCCCUCCCCCUAUCAAACCCGGUGGAAAACGCAACGAUACAACACGACGCCGCGCCCCCCGCAAUUCCAUCCCAGUAGAGCGCUCUCGAGAGAGUCCCGGCGCGCGCAGCCCGAUCGAGAAGGAGCGACCGCCGCCAUGGAAGAACCGACGAGGCAGCCCGCCGCGGCGGAGGAGGCGCGGAACGAGGAGGAGGAGGCGGUGGCCAAGGCUCAGAGCCUCAUGGACAGGGUCACCGCUUCUCCCGACAAUCCCAGCCCUGCCCUCCUCCACGCUCUCUCCUCUCUCCUCGAGACCCACGAGUGCCGAUACUUGGAACGAAGUGAUCAGUCCUCCAAUAAUGCUCGCUCCACUCACACCAUUGGGCGCCUCGGCAACCUACUCCGCGACAACGAUGAAUUCUUCGAUUUGGUGUCUUCCAAGUACCUCUGUGAAAAUACCUUCUCCACCUCAGUCCAGGCAGCUGCUGCUAGGCUUCUUCUGGCCUGUUCGCUCACUUGGGUGUAUCCCCAUGUUUUUGAAGAUGAUGCUUUGGAGAACAUAAAACGCUGGGUGAUUGAUGAGCCGGCUGACGAUUCUAAGUUCAAGUUUGAUGCUGGUAGAAGGGAGGCCUCGGACAAUGAUAUGUUGAGGACCUAUGCCACCGGACUUCUUGCACUCUCUUUGUCCAAUGGUGGUCCAUUGGUGGAGGAUGUGUUGACUUGUGGACUGUCUGCCAAGCUUAUGCAUUAUCUUCGUGUACGGGUCCUUGGAGAUGCUGGACAGAGAGAUACUACUCAUCUGGCAGAGAGCAAAAGUACUUCUGUGUUGAAUUCUGUUAGAGGUAGAGAAGAAAGUCGGGGGAGAGUGCGGCAGGUUGUGGAAGUGCCGCAUUCAGAGGAUGUCAGGCUGCCAGAUGAGAGAUGCUUGGAGGAUCAAGCUUCUGAAAGGGACCAGGAUGGAGGCAGUGGUUGGCAAGCAUGUGGAGAAGAUAGCCGAAUUGCUAGGGAACCACUUGAUAGUCUGGUCAAUGAGAAGUCAAAAUCUGGAGAUCUUGAUGAAAGUGGUAGGGAUGAAUCUUCAAGGCGUAGAACACAUCGUGGAUGGGCAAAAUCGAGAGGGAAGGGGAGGGUUGGUGAAGGAGCGGUGGAGAAUGAACAAGUCUUGACCUCUCCAGGAUCGGGUACUCGGUUAGGUGUUGGGAGGAGUAUUAAAGACAAGAGCUCCUCAAGACAUGUUGAUGUGAAAAAAGUACCUGAUACCCGGAAAUUAGCAACUCGAGGUGCUGAUGGUUUGUCCUCAGAAAGAGAUGAUCUUAUGGAGCUAAUUGGAGAUUGCAAAGUUGGUAGUCGAGAUAUCUCUGAUCUUGUGAAGGCAGCAGUCAGAGCAGCAGAAGCUGAAGCGAGAGAAGCAAAUGCACCUGAAGAAGCCAUUAAGGCAGCCGCUGCCGCCGCUGCUGAAGUCGUCAAAAGUGCAGCUUUGGAGGCACUUAAUACCAAAAAUGAUGAAGAAGCUGCAGUUUCAGCGGCUUCAAGAGCUGCAUCUACAGUUGUUGAUGCUGCUCGUGCUGUAGAAGCCUCCAGGAAAUCUAUCACCGUUGUGGUUGAAUCGACUGAUCAAGGUGGUAUGGACGUAAUAGAUGAAGAUGUUGAAUACUUUAUUCCUGACAUGGAGUCCUUGGCACAGCUGCGAGAAAAGUACUGCAUCCAGUGCCUAGAACUUUUGGGAGAAUAUGUUGAGGUUCUUGGGCCUGUAUUGCAUGAGAAGGGUGUUGAUGUCUGUCUUGCGUUGCUUCAGAGGAGCUCCAAAUAUAAAGAGCCUUCGAAGAUUGCGGUGCUUUGCCCUGAUGUGAUGAAGUUAAUAUGUGCUUUGGCAGCUCAUCGGAAAUUUGCAGCCCUGUUUGUGGACAGGGGUGGCAUGCAAAAACUCCUUUCUAUUCCUAGAAUUGCUCAAACCUUCUUUGGUCUUUCCUUUUGCUUGUUUACUAUUGGUUCGAUUCAGGGCAUUAUGGCAGUAUGUGCCCUUCCUUCAGAUGUUGUGCGCCAAGUUGUUGAGUUAGCCAUUCAGCUUCUAGAAUGCCCCCAGGAUCCGAUGGCACGAAAGAAUGCAGCCUUGUUUUUUGCUGCUGCUUUUGUUUUCAGAGCGGUCCUUGAUGCUUUUGAUGCUCUGGAUGGUUUACAAAAAAUACUAGGUGUCUUAAAUGAUGCAGCCUCAGUAAGAUCUGGAGUUAAUUCCAUAUCACUAGGACUCUCCGGUUCAAGUUCACUUCGGAAUGACAGGUCACCUCCAGAAGUGCUUACGUCAUCCGAGAAGCAGAUAGCUUAUCACACAUGUGUUGCUUUACGGCAAUAUUUUAGGGCACAUCUACUGUUGAUUGUGGAUUCAAUUCGUCCAUCUAAGACUAACCGCAAUGCUCCCCGGAAUAUUUCGAGCAUGAGGGCAGCCUACAAACCCCUUGACAUUAGUAAUGAGGCUAUGGAUGCUGUAUUCCUACAAUUGCAGAAGGAUCGGAAGUUGGGUCCUGCUUUUGUGAGAACACGGUGGCCAGCAGUUGAUAAGUUCUUAGCCUGUAAUGGACAUUUGACCAUGUUAGAAUUGUGUCAGGCCCCACCGGUUGAGCGCUAUUUGCACGACUUGCUUCAAUAUGCCUUGGGUGUUCUGCACAUUGUUACACUAGUACCUCAAAGUCGUAAAAUGAUAGUGAAUGCUACAUUGAGCAAUGAACGUGUUGGCAUUGCAGUUGUAUUGGAUGCUGCAAAUAUUGCUAGUACUUAUGUCGAUCCAGAGAUCAUACAGCCUGCUUUGAAUGUGCUAAUUAAUCUCGUGUGCCCUCCGCCUUCAAUUAGCAAUAGACCUCCUAUGCUUGCACAAGGUCAGCAGUCUGCUGCUUCCCAAAGCUCCAAUGCCCUUGCCAUGGAAUCUAGAGAUAGAAAUGCAGACCGCAGUAUCACGGAUCGGAUUGCUUCUGUGGCCAUCCAGAAUGAUUUAAGGGAUCGGAAUGGUGAAUCUAGUGGGGUUGAUAGAGGUUGCACAACGUCAUCUGGGACUCAAUCUAGCACAGCUCCUUUGACACCUGUUUCUGCAUCAACUUCAGGAUUGGUUGGAGAUCGUAGAAUAUCUUUAGGUGCUGGAGCAGGUUCUGCCGGUCUUGCUGCCCAGCUGGAGCAAGGAUAUCGUCAAGCAAGAGACGCUGUCCGUGCUAAUAAUGGCAUAAAGGUCCUUCUGCAUCUCCUCCAGCCACGAAUAUACUCACCUCCUGUUGCUCUUGACUGCAUACGUGCUCUGGCUUGUCGUGUUCUACUUGGUUUAGCCAGAGAUGAUACGAUUGCACACAUAUUAACAAAGCUCCAGGUUGGGAAAAAACUGUCAGAGCUCAUUCGAGAUUCUGGAAGCCAGACACUUGGGAAUGAGCAGGGUAGGUGGCAAGCUGAACUAGCCCAGGUCGCCAUUGAACUAAUAGGGAUUGUGACAAAUUCAGGGCGUGCUAGUACGUUGGCAGCUACAGAUGCUGCAACCCCUACCUUGAGGCGCAUAGAACGAGCAGCUAUUGCCGCUGCCACUCCUAUUACUUACCACUCCAGGGAACUUUUACUCCUUAUCCUUGAACAUCUGCAAGCGUGUGGUUUGGGUGGGAGUGCUGCUAUGCUGCAGAAAGAGGCUCAACUGACUCCUCUCCCAUCGACUGUGGUCCCAGCAUCUCUUUCAUAUACAGCAGGCACCCAAGAAUCUGCCUCUGUACAGUUUCAGUGGCCAUGUGGUCGCACCCCACGUGGAUUUCUAUCUGAAAAGUUAAGAUUCUCUGAACAUAAUGAUAUUUCCAGAUUGAGAUGUGACUCAGCAGGAUCUUCAAUACGGAAGAAACCGCUGGUUUUCUCACCUAGUUUUGGUUCACAAUCAAGGCAGCUGUCUUUCCAUGAUGGGAGUUCACAACUUAAUAAGAAGCUAUCCAGUGUCAUAAAACCACCUGCACAAGUAAUUGUACGUGAAACUCCAUCGGAAGCUAUGGGGAAAUCUUUUGUAGAUACUGAUCCCCAGUGUAAGACUCCUAUCAUUUUGCCAAUGAAGAGGAAACACCAUGAGAUAAAAGAUAGUGGCUUUGCAAUACCUGGGAAGAGGUUACAAACUGCUGAGCAUGGGCUGUGCUCCCCUGCUUGUGUAACACCUCAUUCCUUCCGUAGAAAUGGUACAUCAACUGAUCCCUCUGGGUUUUCCACACCAAACUCAACUAACAGGGACUUACAUGACCGAUCAACAUGUCUUUUAUCUGAUGUGGAUGACAGUCCAUAUGUUAAUUGUCAAACAGGUCACAUGACUUUCACUGACCAUGGGUUACUGAAUGAUCCCCAUUCUAGCAAUAACAUGGAGAGGUUAACUCUGGAUUCUCUGGUUGUUCAAUAUCUGAAGCACCAGCAUCGGCAGUGUCCUGCUCCAAUUACUACUCUUCCACCUCUCUCACUCUUACACCCACAUGUUUGCCCUGAACCAAAGCGGAGUCUUGAUGCUCCAUCAAAUGUAACAGCGCGUCUUGGCACACGGGAGUUCAGAAGUGUGUAUGGUGGAGUCCUUGGAAAUCGCAAAGAUCGUCAAUUUGUUUUCAGUAGAUUUAGACCAUGGCGAACAUGCCGAGAUGACAAUAGUGGUCUCUUGACUUGCAUAGCUUUUCUUGGGAACUCUUCUCAUAUUGCAGCUGGUAGCCAUGGUGGAGAGCUCAAAGUCUUUGACACCAAUACCAAUAGUGUCCUAGACAGCUGCACAAGCCACCAGCCUCCUUUGGUGCUUGUUCAGUCACAUGUCUCAGGCGAUACACAGCUGCUGCUCUCAUCAAGUAUUCAGGAUGUUCGCUUGUGGGAUGCCUCUUCUAUAGGGAAUGGACCAUUACAUCCAUUUGAAGGGUGCAAGGCUGCUAGGUUUAGCAAUUCUGGGAGCCAUUUUGCUGCAUUAUCAUCAGAUUUAAGCAAUAGAGAGAUUCUCUUGUAUGAUAUCCAGACCUAUCAGAUGGAGCUAAAAUUGUCGGACACAACUUUUGGUUCUUCAGGUCGGGCGCAUAUGUAUUCUCAGAUACACUUCAGUCCAUCAGAUACAAUGUUGCUCUGGAAUGGUGUAUUAUGGGAUCGGCGAGUUUCUGGCCCUGUUCAUCGAUUCGAUCAAUUCACAGACUAUGGGGGUGGUGGCUUUCAUCCUGCUGGCAAUGAGGUCAUAAUAAACUCUGAGGUGUGGGAUCUACGGAAAUUCAGACUGCUCCGGAGUGUUCCUUCCCUGGAUCAAACAGCAAUAACAUUUAAUGCACGUGGUGACGUAAUUUAUGCAAUCUUGAGGAGAAACCUUGAGGAUGUAAUGUCUGCUGUUCAUACUCGUCGUGCCAAGCAUCCUCUUUUUGCAGCAUUUCGCACAGUUGAUGCGGUCAACUAUGCUGACAUUGCAACUAUUCCAGUAGAUCGCUGCGUCCUUGACUUUGCAACAGAACCGACGGAUUCAUUUGUGGGGUUGAUCACAAUGGAUGAUCAAGAAGAGAUGUUAUCUUCUGCGAGGGUCUAUGAGAUUGGUCGACGGAGGCCGACGGACGACGACUCUGAUCCUGAUGAUGCUGAGAGCGGGGAAGAUGAGGAAGAAGAUGACGACGAUGCUGAUGUAGAUCCUAUAUUGGGCUCGGGUCUAGAUGGUGAUAGUGAUAGUGACCCUGAUAAUAUGAGCAAUGACGAUGAUAGUGCGAGUGAUCUUGAUGACGAUGAUGAGGAAGAUGGGGAUUUUAUAAUGGAUGGUUUUGACUUUGAUGGUGGAACUGGAUUAUUGGAAAUUGUGACAGAGGGAGAUGACGACGACGAUGAUGGAAGUCAGCUGGUUGAAUCUUUCAGUAGUGAUGAUGAAGAGGAUAUCGUGCGCAAUGGCUUUGGCUUCUAAUUGUUGCCAAACCUUGCUGUAAAACAUUUUCCAUAUGUUUAGAUAGUAUGAUUUUUUUUUUCUUUCGGUUGAAGUAGCUGAAAGGCGGAGGAGGGAUUUUGUUUUUGAUAUUAUUCGGAUAGGUGAGGGUGAAUGAAUUAUGUAAGUAUUCAGUAUCUCAUGCAAAAUACCGACCUAUCCAUCACGAGUCUGAAUUAUUUCAAAACAUGAAAAGAUUAAUUGCAAUUCUCUUGUUA